GUGUGUGUGUGUGUGUGUGUCAGGCAGGUGCGGUUUCCGCCAGUACAUGCCGUGCAAACCCGCGCGCUACGGACUCAAGCUGUGGGUGGCGUGCGAUGCGCGUUCGAGCUACGCGUGGCGCGUGCAAGCCUACACGGGCAAAAGCGACACCGUCGAACGGAACCUGUCGGAGCGCGUGGUCAUGGACCUGACCGAGGGUCUGAGCGCGGGCACCYUCGUGACCACCGACAACUUUUUCACCUCGCCGCGGCUGGCAGAGAGGCUGGCCGGCGAACGCGGCGUGUACCUGCUGGGCACGAUGCGAGCCAACCGCGCGCCGMGAGACCUGCCGCGAGCGCUGCUGG